CAUGGACUUUCGCUCCGCUCAGCGGGCUAUCCUUCAGCUGUUCGGUACUGUGGCUCCCGCCGAUCGCACGGCGCUGCUCCAGUGGAUGCGAACUACCCGUAAGCACCACAGCCAGAUGCAGACGGAGAUUUUGAUGAAUUCACGCAUGAUAAUACUGACAUUAUGUUGAAAAACAUAGCAGAUGACCUUCGGAAUUGCUUACCUCUAGAAACGAUGCUUUCUUCAGAACAUCUAGCUCUUCAAAAAAUACAGCAGCAGCCAGAACCCACAGUUCACGUUGAUGCAUUCCUUUAUGAUGAAGACUUUAUUGAUUCAUUAUGUGAGGAAGGAAAAAUGAGCAGAAACUACUGCCUGGCUUGUGGCUCCCAUCAGACAGCCCCUCUAGGAUUUAUUUCUCAUUCCUUCUCCAUCGUGGAACUGCAGUUCAUUUAUCAUCAUGUCCUCCCCGACCUGUCAGGAAAGGUCUUGGUUGACGUGGGCUCCAGGCUUGGCACAGUGCUCUAUGGGGGUUACCUUUACAGUUCUGCUGUGCAACUCUAUGGAGUAGAAUUGAAUGGAGACUUUUGCCAAUUGCAGGAAAUGAUCAUAAAAAAAUACCAGUUCAGUGACAGAAUAAAGGUGCUUCAUGCAGACAUCUGUACCCAGGGCCCACUUCUGCAGGAUGCUGAUGUCAUCAUCAUGAAUAAUGUCUUCGAAUAUUUUCUUAAUGAGGCACAACAGAUAAGUGCCUGGGAAUAUAUCAGCCACAACAUAAGGAAAAAAGGAUCAUUGUUAGUGACGGUACCAAGCCUUGAAGAUUCUCUUUCAGGCCUUCAAGCCAAUAUAGAGUUACCCCUCUGGGUUGAAGAGGUGCCGCUGAACUAUGAGGCAUACCCACAAAAGGACGUCGACAGAGAAGCCCUGGAACAAAUUCAUUUAUAUAAGAUUCUCUAGCACUAAAGCAAUCCUAUCUCAUGUAGUGACGCAUUGAGUGUGUUACAAAGACAAGGAGACAUCCCAGUAUCCUACUACAAA